AAAAAAAUCCUUACAGUCGCCAUGAUACAGCAGCGGAAACGGGGAAGAAGUAGCUAGAAAACAAAAGAGAACACGCAGUCGUCCUCGCGAUUUGGUAUGCUCUUGCAGUGUUAUAGGAAUGCCCAAGGAAAAAUAUGACCCGCCGGAUCCCAGGCGGAUGUACACAAUUAUGUCUAGCGAGGAGGCAGCAAAUGGGAAGAAGUCAUACUGGGCUGAGCUGGAAAUUAGUGGCCGAGUAAGGAGUCUCAGCACCGCCCUGUGGUCUCUCACCCACCUCACUGCCCUGCACCUCAGUGACAACUCUCUGUCACGCAUCCCGCCAGACAUUGCCAAACUACACAACCUGGUGUACCUGGAUCUCUCAUCCAACAAGAUCAGGAGCCUGCCGGCAGAGCUCGGCAACAUGGUGUCUCUCAGGGAAUUGCUUUUAAAUAACAACCAGUUGCGAGUUCUCCCGUUUGAAUUGGGAAAACUUUUUCAGUUACAGACACUGGGGUUAAAAGGAAACCCACUUGCACAAGAAAUUAUGAGCCUCUAUCAGGAACCUGAUGGCACACGGAGACUGCUCAGCUACUUGUUAGACAAUCUGGCAGGGGCUAUUAAGCGCAUACCAACAGAGCAGCCACCAGCCAGGUCAUGGAUCUCGCUCCAGGAACCAGACCGAACACGUCCAGCAACACUGUUCUCAGUUAUGUGUUACAAUGUUCUGUGCGAUAAGUAUGCCACACGACAGCUGUACGGCUACUGCCCCUCCUGGGCUCUGAACUGGGAGUACAGGAAGAAAUCUAUCAUGCAGGAAAUCUUAGGCUGCAACGCAGACAUCAUCAGUUUGCAGGAAGUGGAAACGGAGCAGUACUUCAAUUUCUUCUUGCCAGAGUUGAAAGAGCAGGGAUACGACGGGCUCUUCAGUCCAAAGUCACGAGCUAGAACGAUGUCCGAGUCGGAUCGUAAACAUGUGGACGGAUGUGCAAUCUUCUUCAAAACAGAAAAAUUCAGCGCUGUGCAGAAGCACACAGUGGAGUUCAACCAGCUGGCCAUGGCUAACUCCGAGGGCUCAGAGGCGAUGCUGAACAGGGUGAUGACCAAGGACAACAUCGGAGUAGCUGUAUUGCUUGAAGUCCGCAAAGAGAUGAUGGAAAUGUCUUCUGGUAAGUCACUCCACGGCCUGGACAAGCAGCUCCUGCUGGUGGCAAACGCCCACAUGCACUGGGAUCCCGAGUACUCGGAUGUCAAGUUGGUCCAGACCAUGAUGUUCCUGUCAGAGGUGAAGAAUAUCGUGGACAAGGCAACACGCAGCUUCAAGCUGUCCACCUCUGGUGAGACCAAUGCCAUUCCACUGGUGCUGUGUGCUGACCUCAACUCCUUACCUGACUCUGGUGUAGUCGAGUACCUGAGUACAGGCGGAGUGGACUGCACCCACAAGGAUUUCAAGGAGCUUCGCUAUAGCGACAGCCUGACCAAAUUCAACUGCAACGGCAAGAACAGCACUUCUAAUGGCAGGAUCACCCACGGCUUCAAGCUCAAGAGCGCCUAUGAGAACGGCCUAAUGCCUUACACCAAUUACACCUUCGACUUUAAGGGUGUCAUCGACUAUAUUUUCUACUCCAAGCCUCAUCUGAACGUGUUGGGCAUCUUGGGCCCCCUGGACCCUCACUGGCUCGUAGAGAACAAUGUCAGCGGCUGCCCACACCCCCACAUCCCCUCUGACCACUUCUCCCUCUAUGCUCAGCUGGAGUUGCUCCUGCCCAAUGUGCCCUCCCAGGUCAAUGGGCUGCACUUGCCUGCACGCAGGUAGUGAGACCCUGCCAUGCCACCAGGGGGAGCUGCGACCACAGCUUCCCCCUCUACCAGCUCUUACCUCCGCCACCUCUGGAGGAGGAAGACCGAAAAACAACGCAACCUGUAAAAUAUUCGUACAGUGAGGUCUGGCUGACAGGGAUUUCGUAUAAAAUGUUAUAGAUAUUCUAUAUUUUUCUUUUAUUCUUUCUGAUUUUUUUCUUUUUCUUUUUAUGUCCUUUUUUAACUGCUUGGUUCAGUCCUGUUUAUGUAUCACGUGUUUUGGACUCCCUCUUCUCAUCUGGUUCACAAACCCCCACCCCUGCAUACUUUUUAUUUUUCUGUCUUUCAGGCUAGAGGGGAUGGUAGCUCAUUCAGAUUCAUCACAUGAGGCUCUGUGUGGUUUUAAUGGGGAAGCUUAAAAGCGGCUGGGUGGGUGACAUUUAGCUGAGAAGCUGCAGAGCUGUCUGUCUGUCCCUGUAUAAAUCUAAAACCAGCAAAGACAGCAGACUUGUCUGUCUCAGUCCCUCCAUGUUUGGCUCAUGCUCGCUAUCCAUCUGUACUCUGGGCAGCCGGCGUAGAUUCUCGGUCUCUCCAAGAUACGCACAUUUGGGCUUCGGGUAGAAUGCAACUUUUCAUGACUAGCUAAGCAUCCCAGCAAGCGGAUGCGCCGCAGCUGAUCCGAGGGGAUCUUUCCUGCUGUCAUUCUGUGGUGCUCAGGCCUUUUUGUGUGGUCACGGCCUCCCGCGGUGCUACAAGAUAGUCCACACCUCUGACCCCUGGUCCUGGUGCAUAAGAAGCGGAAUUAUGUGACAUCGGCAGUUCGGAGAAAAAGUGAGAAACUGAGAGCAGCUACCAUCCUGUUUGCAGACAGUUUCACCCCGGCUUGUAUAGUUGUUAUGCUAGUCAUGUGCUUAGGAGCUCAUGUGGCCCAAGAAUCACCUUUUUUAGAGCAACGAGCGAGGGAGCUAGGUCGACCGGUUAAGCGAUGGGAGGUAGGGGGGCUUUCACAAACCUUUUCAUUGACGUCAUUUGCGUUUUCCCAGAGAGCGAAAAAUGGCUGAAGAGUAAAACCAGCAUUCCUCUCUCUAUCAGGAGAUGACCUCCAACUUCACUCAUGCAAGAUCGAACAUACACACACACACACACACACCCAUACACAGGUAAUUUUCAGGCAGAUGUGUAGCACUGUCUCCAAGGCCAGUAGUGACUCCUCCCCCCACCCCCAGCCAUACGUUCACACAUAGAAGCAGUGAUUUUUCACGAGUGUUUGUACAGAAUAGAAACCUAGACUCAGUCUUUACAUGAUUGUAUAUGAACCACAAAAAGACCUGUUUUCUGGCAUUUUUUGUACGAAGAGUAAAUUAUGGUCAGAUUAAGAAAAAAAAGAAGAUUGUAUUGUAAACUAUGGCUAAAUUUUUAUCCAGUUAAUGUUGAGAUGAAUUAAUAUUACCAGCUUGUACAAAAGACGUAAGAGGAGGCUGCUCGCCGCGUUCGCUGUCACUUCUUUGCACUCCCAAGAGAUUUAACUGUAACGCAUCAGUAUUGUUUUGGCUGAUUUGCUUUGAUGUAAAUAGACAGAGUCAAUUUUUUUUUUUUUUACCUGUUGCUUUCUGCCUAUUAACAAAGCCAACGAACCAGGCUGCUGCCGACGGUUUGGACGAAACGACACGCAGCACCGAUUCGCAUCUGUUCAUCUGGCUCCAAAGCGAAGUGUAAACGACACAACACGGAGAAGUCCCGUGCGUACGCCCCGUACUCACUGUAGCAGUUGAUGUUGUCUUGCACUAUUUACAUGCGACGAACGCUCGAGCAGCCUCCUCUCCUUUUAUUUUUAAAUACUGUUGAGACAUUUGUGAAGAUUUUAUGUCCUUUUUUUUUUUUGUUAACGUUUAUUUCAUUUUUUUUAUGAGAUGUGACAAUGUAAUGAUGAUGUGUAUAUUCUUCCUAUUCAUUGAGCUCUCUGGUAAUCAGGUAUGCUUUCUUCACCCUACCCUCCUCUCCUCCACUGUACGGAACAUGAGCGGGGUCGUCUUUAUAAAUUCACUCAGAUUGUUUUUUUUGUUGGUUUUUUUUGCCCCCAGAUUACCUGAUCCCUCCUAUCUCCCUUCCUGGCCGCAAAUUAGCCCUGAGCUUUUAUCCAUCACCACCACCAUAAACCAUCUAACCUCAGACUUUUUCUGCUACUCUUCUCAAUUUUUUUAACAUCCCUUGCCCCACUUUUUUUGUAUAGAUUUUCUACAAUUGUCAUUGCAGCUAUAGUGCCAUUUGUGGACCACCCCUGUCUCUUGCCUUUGCAUUGGAAAGGGUGGAAGAGCCCAUUGUUCUUUUUAUUCCUGCUGUUUGUCAAAACGGCCAGCCUGUCAAGUUUCUGUUAAUCAGAUUUGUUCCAUCUCAAAAACAAGUUGAAAUCGGUUAAAUGUGAGAUUAUUUGAAAUGCACUUAAACGAUUCAAAUGCAGCUCUUAUUAUACUUCAACAAGAACUUUUUUUAUGUCGAAUAAGCAAGAAAAUGGGAAGUGUCAACUUUGUCCCUGUCUCUUGUUCCUCCCGUUUUUUCCCUUUCCUUUGGUGAAAAUCAAUGUGCCCAAAUUGAUUUUUCUUUCCUGAAUGGCAUUAGUAUUGUAGUAGAUUUAAAGGGUAGCUUCUUUUUUUUUUUGUCCUUUUUUUUUUUGUAAAAGUGUGAAUAAAAGAUGUACUUCUUAUUUCCUUUCUAAAAAGACAUAAUUUUUGGUGUUUGUGUAAAUCAUGAUUUAUACAAUGAUGAUGAUGAUGAUCUGCUGCAUUGUUUUUACCCUUCUUUGACUUUUCUUAUCCCUUCCACCACAAACCAAAUCCUCUGUCAAAAUCACGACACGUUGACUUGAUGGGUUGAUUGGAGAGGUCGAACGUUUCCGAAGAUGCGUCGCAAGAAGGAAGUAACUAUCAGUUAAAACCCGACACACGGAUGUUUUUUCUUUUCUUUUUUUUUUUAGCUUUUCAGCUUUACUUUGGCUGUCUCUGCACUAGCUGGAGAGUGCUGGUGUCCAUAGGUUAGGGCAGCAGAGCUGUCUUACUAGUUGCUGCAGUUCAGUAUUAGCAAAUACUUUUUGACGGGUGUUAAAAAAAAAUACAAAAGAAUAAAAAACGUGUUUGUACGGCAAAUGAUGUGCCGCUAGACCGGUCAUGUGAUUAUUUUUUUUCCCCCUCGUACUUCUAGUCCCACCUCAUUCUGAUCUUGUGCUUUACAGUGGUUCAGUCUGUUAAACUAGCUAGUGAUAGUAUUGAUUCACAAAUCUAUUUCUUUGUUACUUCUCUUGUUUCCUCUAAAGAUCUGUCAAAUUAGAGCUGGAUUUGUCAUUAGUGGGUCAUCACAUCGCAAGCUUUUUAUUUGUUCAGGCUUAUUUAGCUUAGUGUUUUUGUGUUAUUUUGUCUGCUGGCUGCAUCUUUUUGUAACAGUGCAAACCAAAGCUGCUUGUAGUACAGUUGUGUUGUAGCGGAAACUCUUAAACCAAUCAACCCUUUUCAUUUCUCUUAUUUAAAAAAACAAAAAAAAAAAAAAAAAAAACCUCCAUCUUCAUGCAAAUUAGGGCUGUAAGAAAAGCAAAGUCGUUUUCUCUCUGAUCCCACUUAAUUUGUCCUUCCAUCAGCUAAACUUGGCAAUAAUAACUGGAAACUUUCACAUUCAGCCAUUUUGUUUUAAUCUUUAAAAUGUAGCUGUUUAAUCCUUCAAAACUGUUUUGCGCAUCUUAAAUUUGCCUACCUGAACCCGUUUGCCCCCCCUUCCCCACUCUUCCUCUCUCUUUUAUCACCCAUUUUGUAUAUUUGCUCAUCUCCUUGCCAAUUUUAGUGGUAGUUGUUCAAUGAUCAGGAUUGUCUAUCUGUAGUCAGCUGAGUACAUAUAUUGAUCUGUGUCACUGUGUUUAUGCACUGGACCAACUAUUGUUUACCAUUCAUAAAAUACCAGCAAAAAAGGAAAAAAAAAAAAAAGAUGAACACUUGCACAAUGUUGUAGAAUGUCCAUUAACCCAGAUGAGAAAUCAAGGCAGCUGUUUUCAAAUCAACACAUACUGUUUAAACCUGCAACUGAAUGGUAAACAAUGCUUUCUGUUGUAUCCUUUAGCCGUCCUUUUUAUUCUCUUUGGACUAGUUUUAUUCUUUUAUUAUACUUUUUUUUUCUUUUGACUACAGGUUCUGCUUGUUUCCUUUACACCUAUCUAUGUAUUUUCCUACUUCUGGUUGAAAAAUAAAUUCUGUAUUAUCUGUUUCAAGCUGUGUCACCUCCUAUUCUUUGCAAUGGAUAUUGGGAAUAAAUUCUAUAUCUGUUG